UUUGGAUCAAGCAGUGGAAUAUUUGACACUGUGUACCAAAGAAAUGGUUAUGGAGAAGCCAAGUCCCCUGCUUGUAGGGCGGGAGUUUGUGAGGCAGUACUACACUUUGCUAAAUAAGGCACCUGACUUCUUGCACAGGUUUUAUGGCAGGAACUCUUCUUAUGUCCAUGGAGGACUGGAUGCCAGUGGGAAACCCCAGGAAGCAGUAUAUGGCCAAGCUGAAAUACACAAGAAGGUGAUGUCCCUGCAGUUUAGUGAGUGUCAUACGAAGAUUCGUCACGUGGAUGCACAUGCAACCUUGAGUGAUGGAGUAGUUGUGCAGGUCAUGGGGGAGUUGUCAAACAGUGGGCAGCCAAUGAGGAAGUUCAUGCAGACCUUUGUCUUGGCUCCUGAAGGAUCUGUUCCAAAUAAGUUCUAUGUUCAUAAUGACAUCUUCAGAUAUGAAGAUGAAGUAUUCGGGGAUUCUGAGGCAGAACUGGAUGAAGAAUCGGAAGAAGAGGUAGAAGAGGAGCAGGAAGAAAGGCAACCCUCCCCUGAGCCUGUGCAGGAGAAUACAAGUAGUACUUACUAUGAAAACCAUCCUGUAACCAAUGGAAUAGAGGAACCUUUGGAAGAAUCCUCUCACGAGCCUGAGCCAGAUUUAGAAUCUGAAACAAAAGCUGAGGAGCUGAAACCUGAAGUAGAAGAAAAGAAUCUUGAAGAGCUAGAAGAAAAGUCUCCAUCUCCACCUCCUGCAGAACCUGUUUCUCUACCACAAGAACCACCAAAGGCUUUCUCUUGGGCUUCAGUGACCAGUAAAAACCUGCCUCCUAGUGGUACUGUUUCUUCCUCUGGAAUUCCACCCCAUGUUAAAGCACCAGUCUCACAGCCAAGAGUUGAAACUAAACCUGAAGCUCAGUCUCAGCCUCCCCGUGUGCGUGAGCAGCGUCCAAGAGAGAGACCAGGGUUUCCACCAAGAGGGCCAAGACCAGGUAGAGGGGACAUGGAGCAGAAUGAAUCAGAUAAUCGCAGAAUAAUUCGUUACCCGGACAGCCAUCAGCUGUUUGUUGGCAACUUGCCGCACGAUAUUGAUGAGAAUGAAUUGAAAGAAUUCUUCAUGAGCUUUGGAAAUGUAGUGGAACUUCGCAUUAAUACUAAAGGAGUUGGGGGGAAGCUGCCAAACUUUGGUUUUGUGGUGUUUGAUGACUCUGAACCGGUUCAAAGAAUCCUUGUUGCAAAACCUAUUAUGUUCCGCGGUGAGGUACGCUUGAAUGUAGAAGAGAAAAAAACAAGAGCUGCUCGUGAAAGAGAGACCCGAGGUGGUGGCGAUGAUCGUAGGGAUAUUCGACGCAAUGAUAGAGGUCCAGGGGGCCCCCGUGGAAUAGUGGGUGGUGGAAUGAUGCGAGACCGUGAUGGAAGAGGACCUCCUCCCAGAGGUGGCAUGGCACAGAAACUUGGUUCUGGAAGAGGAACCGGGCAAAUGGAAGGUCGUUUCACAGGACAGCGUCGCUGAACAUCCCUGCUGCUGGCAGACGGUCUCGGCAGUGGUACAUUAUUCGUCGUGUUUGCAUUCUUGUUAAUUUUUUUGGCUUUGGAAUGUGACACAGCCUUUUUGAUCAUUUCUUUGAUGUGAAAAGCAUCCUUUGGUUUCCACUUAAAUUGAGGUGGACAUUCUUUCCCCAGUUUCACAACAGGAGUCACACUGUUAAUUUAUAAAUUUAGACUUUCAAAAUUAAGGACUGAGAAAUGACCAUUAAACUAUCUGCAACAAAAGUGGACUAAAGGACAUGCCCAAUCGAUUUCAGGUCCUUUCAGUCAAAAACCCUCUGCUGCACAUUUUGUGUAAGUGUUACUGUUUCUGCCUAUUACUGUUGGAAACGCAAAUAGUGCAAUCUGUGCAAUUUGAAGAAGCUUGCCUUUUUUCUUUUUAGAACACUUGGCUCGAAAACAAAUGAAACAAACUUGUGUUUAUGCACUCAUCAAAAUGCACUAAUGGGUACUUUGAACUCAUUUACAUUGACAUCUGCAGGAGGCAUCAGGAAAAAUAUUCUUCAUCCUGUUAUUCAGACAGAAUAGCUUGUGAAAUGAUGCGGGCAUCUGAUCUGCUUGCUGUGACCAACUUAUGUACACACACAAACCUUAACAAGACUAUAAACGUAUUCCAGAAGGAAACCACUUAGUUGUAAACUAAACACAAUCCAGAACUCCAGAGUUAUGGUCCUGAGUACUAAACAAGUUUGAUAGCUCAUAUUUAAGAUUUUUCUAUUUGCCCCUCUUCAGUACAGGGAUGGCUGGCUGCUCAACACACUCCUCCUCUCCUUUCCCUUCUUUAAGCAUUGUACAGUGGAAAUAGUCUUUCCUGUAUUUGAGUUCUCUGGUAAUGUAAUAAGCAUGAUGGUGCCUUCUAUUAAUACAUCAUUCCAGUCUUGCUGGUGAUUUUGUACAGUAGAGUGUAUGAAUUACUGUUCUGCAAAGCCAAAUGGCUGCAACAACUGUUUAAAAGAAAUAAUUGAACAAUUGUAUAAAAAUUGCGGUAUCUUUUUAAGUCAGUGAAAGUUGCUAGAAUAUGAUUCACCUUGCUCUUCAAUUUAACAACUUUGUAUGUUUUUUUGUGGAGAGGGGAAGGGAGGAAGGAAGGCAUCUGAAUAGUGUCCAGGUUGCCUCUCCUCUUCGAUUAAUAUGAAAGAUGGGAAAGGGAUGAAAUCUCAGUCAGACAUUUCAAAAGUCAGUUGAGAAUUCUAUGUAUAUUUCUGCCAAUUUCUAAAGUGUGCUCAGCUCUGUAGAUUGAGGGCAAGUUUGUUAAAUGAGGAUACUGCGAUUUUCAGAGCAUAGAAGGAGCAGCUCUAAGUAUUUGCAUUUUCCAGUUUUUUUGCUCUCUUCAUUUGCACAUAUCUUUGAACUGAUUCAACACCCAUGCAGCUCUGAAUUUUAACAGUAGGGAGAAGGCAUCCUCUGACACUUAUAUUUCUAAAUAUAAGAAGUUUACUAUUUCUGGAUUACUGUCUGCCUAGAUAGCACAUUUCAAUAAACUGCAAAAGUAGCAGACAAUAGUAUCCAGCUCUGUUCUGGAGAAAUUGACAUGCACCAAGCUCUGAAUGCUUCAGGAGUUGGGGGGCAGGGGUAAGGGUGAAAGUGUGACCACUUAAAGCUGCUUCUGAGCAUGGAAGACCUCAUUACAUUACGAUUGUUAACAAAAACAGCGAUGGCACAGUACCAGUCUGUUUCUAGAUUAUGCAACCAUUUGCUUUUUUCUAGUGAGCGGGAAGAUAUUGCACAUGUUUGUUUCUGAUGUGUUAGGCAAAGUGAGAAUGCAUCUGUUUGUUUUCCACCAAACUUGAGGUCUUCCUUGUUUGAUGGUAAGUCUUGCACUAUUUUCAUACAUUUUUUCCGGGACACAUUUCUCAGUUUCCAUUUUUUUAUAUUUACCUUUUUUUUGUUAAGCUUUUGCAUUUUUUUCAGAUGUUACCUGGAAAUAUAUAGUACUUGAACUCCAUGAAACAUGACUUGACUUACGUUUGAAGCCUUUAGUCAAACUGCUGCUUCACUUAGCAGUUUGCCACCAGUGUUCAUUGUAGCUUUUUAAAUUUUUAGUGCUAUGGUAUUGCCCUAUCACCUUCUAAAUUGUUAUGGCAAAUGGCACUGGGAGUAAUUGCAAAAAAUGAAAUUAAUGAUUAGAAGAACUACUGAGCCAAUCAGCAUUCUGGCUUGCUUCUUGUUUAAAUGCCAUGAAAUAAAAAAAAAUAUUGAAACAUCAUACAGAGAAGUUUACAUGGUGAUUGUUCACCUACUGUACUGUGGACUCUUAAUGUUCUUGUCCCUCUUUCAGUAAACGUACCUCUUAAAGCGAAGUAACAAGAUUCACUGACCAUUACUGUUAGUUGCUGAUUUUGUUGAUGGUGGUAUUCUUUCAUUACAAUCCUAUUUCAACAAACUUGGCUUACCAUCUUUGGCUUUAGUAGGUAUAAAAGACAGUGGAUUACCAUCUUUAUUGCUGUAAUGUGUUAAGCAUUAUAUGCUAGUAGAAUCUAGUUAAUUGUUGCAGGUGGAAAGUAUUUUUACUUUUAAGUUUCCAUUUUGAAUGUGUUCUGACUAAACAUACCAAUAAACUACUGAUGUCUGCAGCAUUUAUCAAUGUUCCUAGUUCUCUCUUGAAAGUAGGUUGGUGUUUGGCAUAGCAUUAUUUCAGUCCUGAUUUUGUAAAGGCAGACUGAAGAAUGGCAUUCCUUUAACUGAUAUAAUGUCAAAAGUUUUUUUCCCUAAAUGUAUGGUGCUGUACACUUUGGUGGGAGCUACUCUAUUUAGUCUGUUGUGACCAUCUUGUCUUGCACUGUUGGAUUUUUAACAGAAUAACAUAAACCAAUGAUUGUUAGGUCUGGGAAGAUCUGCUAGUCCUUUCCAAUGCAAAAUCCUGUAUUUAAAGUCUAUAGUGAAUAAUGCUAGCAGGUACCAACUGUUUCAGCUACAAUGAAAUGGGGAGAACAAACUGAAGAGUUUUACCUUUGUUGCAUAGUUGUAGCAGUGGGAAAAAUCAUUGCACUUCUUCCAAGUUUGUCUAUUUGAUGGUAUAGCUCUUUUAAUUUCACCAUAUAUUGUUUAAUGGCUUAAAGGGGUGGAAAAAAAAACUGUUUUCAACUGCAGUUAGCUGUUUUGUAGCCAAAAAUACUUAAGGGUGUUUUCAUGGACGGUGAAUGACUUGACACUUCAGGAGUCUGAAGAACCUCUCUACGGAUAUUGCAGAAGUCGGUCUCAAGGCUGUUGCAAAAGUGGACACUUUGUUGUUUAUUUAAUUUUGGAUGCUCUCUAAAAUCACUUCAGCUGGUUAAUAUACAGAUUGGGGUGGGGACUUAGUCACUAAAUGGUACAAAAUGACAUCAGAAGAAAUGUGUUUUAUGGUCAGUUAUGUCCUUAUUGAGGAAUGUGCAGGGUGUUUCCAAAAAAACCCCCCAAAACUGCCAUAACUCUUCAAAAGGAUGUGGCUUUUUGACUGCUUCCUUGAGCUACCACUUACCAAAAGCUGAGGAGACAUCUAGUUUUUAGCCUGCAAAGUACUCCCAGACUUCUCUCUCAACUUCACACUCCCAAAUUUCUAAAUACUGUUUAUGCCUAUUGGAAUAACUGUCGGUAUAAACAAUUGGUAUUUAAAAAGAAAAUUAUUUUAUUGCUGGCUGUGAAGCAAUUUAAUCUAGUAUGGUGACUGCAUAGAUGCAACUGGCACAUUAAUUAUGCUUCUGUUUAAUAAUAGUCUGAGAUACUGGAGUCUUAUUGGAGAAAAUAGACCAAGUGCAUUUUAACUAACUUUUUUUCCUACUGCAGCAGGGAUAUUUAAGACCAGGAAAAGCUGCCUUAAGCAUACACUGUUUCUAGAAUGUAAGAAUUGGCUCAAAUAAAAUAGAAUCCUCCAUAUUCAUCUCUAAACUUGACCACCCUUAAAUACUUAACAUGUGAUAUCUUUGAAUGUCCUGGUAUUUUUAUGAAAACCAGUCUUGGUUUUUCAAGCUUUAAAACAGAAAAGCAACUUCAGAGUCUGUGCUGGACGGUAAAAUUGCAGUGCCUUGCAAACAGGCUGCUUAUUUACUAGGGAUGGGAGGAGAAGAAACAGACAUCCGCUUAAUCUGGAGGUAGAAAACUAGUAAGAAAUCUUGGACUAUUUCUUAUUGAGGCUAAAAUAUCACAGCAGUGGUAGAAAGUCCAAAGGGGUUGGGGAAGGGAAUGUGUAUCCUUCCAGAUGUUUAAGUUUACAAAGCAAUAUCAUUUAGAUUUAGAGUGCUCCUGCUUUACCUAUCAGCUUGUCCAGAAUUGUUCACAUGGCAAGGAUGAAAUACAACUAGUUUUUAUUAGAAAAUAUGUAUGCAUCACUAACCAGUAUGAGUCGCCAUACUCAAGGAGAGAAUAAAAAUGAACGCUGCUUUUUUUAGACCCUGUUUUGGAGCAUGGUUUGUCAGCAUGCUCUUUAUAGCCAUAGAGCAGGCUGCUCAGGAGGACUAGGCCAGCUGAGGGAGAUGAUUAGCAGCCACGGGAAGUUAAAAGGCUUCCAGGGAGGGGAAGCAAGAGGGUUAGAUGGACAGAAGAUGAGAGAGAAAGAGAGCGGCCUGGCCAGUGGCUACAGUGCCGGACCAGGGGCUUUCAGUGUCUGGGAAGAGACCCAGGUGUUGUGAGACUCGGGGCUGCAGCACCAUGGCAGAAGUCUGAGUCUUUUUCAGACCCUAAGAAGGUGCCUCCAGCUUAAUGCUGCUCCUUCCUCACUGCAGUCUUUCCUCAGGCUGUCUAUGACUCACUAUUCUUUUAAUGUAAAAGGACUUUGUUUAAGCCUUGUAGGGCACAGUUUAAAAACCUACAGCCUCUGGAUAGCCAAGCUUAUUUCCUCACCUCCUGAUUAAACUGAAUUUAUGCAACUCAUUUUCUUCUCAUGGCAACAUGCAAAAUUAUUUCAGAGGCUUACUGCUUCAUUCUCUUUCAGUAAGUAAGGAAGGUGCCUUUUAUAUGAAAACUGUCUUCACACAUUACUACUGCUUUGUGUCUGUGUAGCAGAAGU